CAACACCCCAGUUUCUCCUCCUCCUUGCCUGGCAUCAGACUGGUGUGUGUGCCGACCUUGUUCCAGCGACGAGCUACCCCAAAAAGCCAGCUGUUUGCAGCGCAUACAUUUUUGGCAUUAGCCACCGUUCCGGGCACGCAUUUAACCCCCUCUUUCAGGGCUGUGGUAGUGUAGCCUUAUAUUUUACCGUGAAAAUGAGCCAGGGCGUGAUGGGGUGCUGCCCUGCUAUCGCUAGCUAGGCGGACAAAUUCCUUCAACCAGCUCGCUGUUCCAAUCACUGCGGGUUGACACAACAUUAGCUGAGGCGUUGUUAAGUGAGCUAGCGGGCUAGCAAGGCUGUAGCCGUUCCGUGUAAUUUAUCCUACGGUAGCUAAUGUAGUUAGAAACGGACGCAUUGCUGCGGCGUAAAUAGUGCAAUAACGGUUAAUAACGGCAAUCACUCUAACGUUAGCUUACUAGCACUACUUUUCACUAUCGCUAACUAGCUAGCUAACGAGACUCAACAGAAAUCAACUGUUACGCGUUUGGAUGUCAAGACACUGCAGUUUUGAACCACUUUUGGGCGAUUGUGGAGAAAAAAUUGGACAACAGUGACAGAUGCAAAGAUAGAAUUGGACCAGCGAAUGAGAAGAAGGUGUUAAUGAUAUAAACUAAGUGGCUAAUCUGCGGCAGUAAUUUUAACAUUAGCCGUAUUAAGGUAGAGCAUCUCUGGGAGGCCCCACCGUCUCCUGACUCCCUCCCCCUGUCCGAAUCUCCCGUGAUUUGCCGAGAACACCCGGGUGAAGUCGCAUUUGCUCUCGGCUUGGGGGGACGACUUGACAGCGAGGCCCCUUAGCUAGUAUCCCCUCCCCCCAGUCCCAUCCAUCCGUCCAGCCCGACAGACCCACCCCUUCACCCCUGAGAUCGAAGCGAAGACCGGGGAUUCGGGAUAAGCUGAAACCGUGUGCCGAGGUCCCGUCUUAACCGGGCUGCCAAAACUAGAGGAGAUGACUCUGGAGUCCAUGAUGGCUUGCUGCCUGAGCGAAGAGGCGAAGGAGUCGAAACGAAUCAAUGCAGAAAUUGACAAACAACUCCGCCGAGACAAGCGAGACUCCAGGAGAGAGCUGAAAUUACUUCUUCUCGGUACGGGAGAAAGUGGCAAGAGCACCUUCAUCAAGCAGAUGAGGAUCAUUCAUGGAGCCGGGUACUCAGACGAAGAUAAGAGAGGCUUCAUCCGGCUUGUUUACCAAAACAUCUUCACCUCCAUGCAGGCCAUGAUCCGCGCCACCGAGACCCUCAAGAUCCCCUACAAAUUUGAACAGAAUCGGUCUAACGCCAUGAUCGUCAAGGAGGUGGACAUCGAGAAGAUCAGUGGGUUUGACUUUCACUUCAUUGCAGCUAUCAAAUGCCUUUGGUCCGACCCGGGCAUCCAGGAGGCCUACGACCGCCGCCGGGAGUACCAGCUCUCUGACUCCACUAAAUAUUACCUUAGUGAUAUAGACCGUGUGACUGCGGAGGGAUACGUUCCCACCCAGCAGGAUGUGCUGAGGGUCCGUGUGCCCACCACGGGUAUUAUAGAGUACCCGUUUGACCUGGAGAACGUCAUCUUCAGUUAUCUUUCCGAUCUGGAUCGUAUUGCAGAUCCCGGCUAUCUUCCCACUCAGCAGGAUGUGCUCAGGGUGCGCAUCCCCACUACAGGAAUCAUAGAGUACCCAUUCGACUUGCAAAGCAUCAUUUUCAGGAUGGUGGAUGUAGGGGGUCAGAGGUCAGAGAGGAGGAAGUGGAUUCACUGCUUCGAGAACGUCACCUCCAUCAUGUUCCUCGUGGCGCUGAGCGAGUACGACCAGGUCCUGGUGGAGUCCGACAACGAGAACCGUAUGGAGGAGAGUAAAGCUCUGUUCAGGACUAUCAUCACCUACCCCUGGUUUCAAAACUCCUCCGUCAUCCUCUUCCUCAACAAGAAGGACCUGCUAGAGGAGAAGAUCUCCUACUCACACUUGGUGGACUAUUUCCCAGAGUUUGAUGGUCCACAGAGAGAUGCACAGGCAGCGCGGGAGUUCAUCCUCAAGAUGUUUGUGGACUUAAACCCCGACAGCGACAAGAUCAUCUACUCUCACUUCACCUGUGCCACGGACACUGAGAACAUCCGCUUUGUGUUUGCAGCUGUCAAAGACACCAUCCUACAGCUCAAUCUCAAAGAGUACAACCUGGUGUGAGGGCCCUACGUACGACGCACAUCUCCUCCCCAUUGCACAAAUGCACACCUCUUUGGGAGUGUGCACUCAAGUUCACAUGCAUUACACAGCACACCAUGCCGGCACACAAACACACACCAACAGAAUCCUUACCUUUUUUUUCCUCCACUACAGUACAUUCGCAAACCUCCCACAUGCAAACGCCGCCCCUCCUCUUUCACCAAAGCUCUCCCUCUUCCUCUGUCGCUCGGCAGCUUGUUUGGUGUUUGUGUGUGUGUAGUACGUGUGUGUGUUUGUGUGUGUGUGUGUGUGUGUGUGCGUGUGUGUGUGUGUGUAUUUGGGGCAGUAUUGACUAGCGAGGAGCUGAGUUUUGGUGAAUAACUGCAUCAAACUCUUUGGCCGUUCGGAGUUGACCCUCUGUUGUGUGAGAUAAGAUCCUCGUCCUUUGAGCUACUAUCGGUGCGGAAGGAGGUGAAUACUCUUUCUCCUGAAACCUACUAAGAACUAGCGAGUUGCUUCUUGGGACAGAGUGACCCGGACAGGAAGUGAGGUUGCACACCGGACACAAGGGGUCGGGGCUGAGGAUUCUGUCUCCAUCUCACAUCCAUGAAUGUACCCAACAGUGUGAGCAUCGCAAUCGCAAAAAAAAAAAUAGAUAUGAAGUAAAUGCAUAUGUAACACACUUAAGACAAAAAGCACGAGAGGGCAAGUCAUAGCUAAUCAAAAUCUGUUCUUUGCUGAGUUUAAAAAAAUGUUUUUAAUGAUAGAAAUGUGUUGCUACGUCUACUUAUAUUUAUCAAAUAAUGGCUAAAUGGAAUGAUGAUGAGAAGUGGUAAGAAAAUCUAUAAAAAAACAUUUAAACUAAAGACUAACAUUUGAGAGAGAAGCAACCAGAAAUGUACUUGACAUAAGUAUCCUUUAAAAGUUUCUGUGGGAUUGUUUUUCUAAGUCGAUCACAUCGCUUCCCUCCAGAUGUGUUCUGUAUAGAUUCACUGGGACAAUCUUCCAUGUGACCUUCACAGCAUCUGGCUCCACUGAUGCACCCCGACACCCUUAUUACAAAACACUAGUAGCGGAAGAGAGCGCCCUGCUUUCAACGCAGGCUCUGCUCUGAUUGGUGGAAGCAGUUGUUGAGGGGAGCGUGAUGUCAUCAGUGUUUAUCAGCCCAAAGAGCACAUCUGCAGCUCGGGCUGCAAGUAGCUUAUUCAACUAAAUGAAAGCUGUAAAUGAAACGCACUCACACCCCGGAUGUGAAUGGGAUCCAUGCGGUAACAUCUCUGACGUCACACCUGCGUCACUCAGCCGUCCAAUCAGACUCACUCCCUGGCGGUGAUAUAGUCAUCACGUCAGGAUGUGCUUCUGUUUACUUUUUUUUUUUUUUUACUGUAUAGUCACUUUGUUUAUAAAGAUUGCUUGCUUUUGAGUGGUGGUGGGGGGGGGGGCAAACCUGAAAACACACUCUGAAGUCUGCAAACAUUGUUUGUGUAUAUUUGUUUGUAAAUACAUAUACACGAAACACUCCUGUACAAAAACGCUCUGUGGUACACCAUCUUUGGCAAAAAAACUAACAAAAAAAAGAAAAAAUGAUCAACUUCUUUCAUUAGCAUACAGUUUUUUCCUAUGAAUUUAUGGUAGUAGUUAUACUGUGAUUAUGGAUUUUGUUCACUUUAUUAAUAGGACUACACAGAGCUGUUGAGGAAACGAUGGAGCAGUAGUCAGAGAGAAGAGGCUCCACCAACAACCUCACGCUCCAGCGCUGGCUCCAGAGUGUACUCACUAGGGCUGGUAAAAAUCUUCACAGUGUGGUGAUGAGAUGAUUUUAAGAGUAAUUAAAGAUUUUUUUUUAUUUAUCUAAUUUAUGGACCAGGUUUGAAGGUGUUGAUAAUUUGACUGCUUUUGAUUCUGUCAUGUUGAAGUGCUCCUUUUCUCACGGCGGAGCCUACUUGAGUCUGAACUGCUGUAAAAAAAAACGACAAAAAAAACCGAAUGUCUGGUAUAGUAAGGACUUUAUCUCUGCUUUCUAUUUCUUAUUGAGACAUUUCCAGUUGUACUUCGCCAUCACAUCUCCAUCCAUGAUAAUACUGUUUGGUUUUCUUUAGGAGCCCUCACAUUUGUUUUGUUUGAUUUAAAAAAAAAAACAAAAAGGAAGAAAAAAAACAAAAAAACUUGUAUUUCCUCUCGGUUUAUAGACGCAGCGCUGUAAUGCAUACCUAGAAAAAUGUACAGUACGAACGUAGGUGGACUUUUUUAUCAGUGAUUGAAGACCCACGCGGUCCAUGCUUGCUAUUUGUAAUUUAACACAAAACUUCUGUUGUCGUUUUUGCAUUGUUGAUUUCCAGUUUUUUGAGGCUUGCUUUGAUAGUGCCAGUGAAGUGCAGAUAUACUUUUUUGGUCUUUGACCUUUUCUACAGGUGACUUAUCCUUCAUCCUCAUUAAGGGCUAUCACAGUGCAUCAGGCAUCAGACAGCGGGGAGUGGAGUAUAGGACCACAGUGAACCAAGUCAUCCACUACUUAACCUUGUUUAUAAAUGGAGAAUACUUGCAGUAUGUGCUAUAAGAAGUAUAGGCAGGGUGUUAAUGUAAACAUAAGAUGUGUAUUUUGAGAGCCAACACUAAAACCCUUUUCUUUAUGUCUUUCUUCAUGCAUCUGGCCUGUUGGUUAAAAUAAUUUGGUAUGACAGUGUUACCUGUAACACCUAAUGCAGUAUAAAGACACUUAUCACUAAAGACACCACUACCAGGACAAGUAUUGCAUGUUUCCCCAAGUAUUUGACUAAAUGACCAUUCUCGGGACUCUGCAUGUUUUAACCAAUUAGCUACAAACCUUGUACUUUAUUGAUGACCAUUUCUCCAGUUCCUACAUUGAUUUACUACUUGCAGCUUAUGGCUUCAGUUCAUGCCAGUAAGGCUUGACUCUGAGAGAGAAUAUAUGCCACAGAUGACAUUUAGUCAUUUUUCUUUCUUUGUGCAAUGAUUGCUGGUGUAGUUGUGCCUCAGAGAUUCCUUGUUAUUGCACUCAAAGACGCUCUGUACCAGGAGAGAAAACGUUUGAAUUGGUACAUUUCUUCUUAGCUGGUCAGAGUACCAAUCCAAUAAUAUCCCUCAAUCUUUUUACCAAAUUUAAAUCUGUAUACCACACUGUGUGGAACCAUUAUAACCUUGAUUUUAAAAUGGAUAACUGAUUUGCAUUUUGGAUUGGUGCACCCUUGCAGUUUUAAAAAUAAAUAAAAUCAUUCCUAUCCACUACAUUACCUGCAUUCAAACCAAAACAUGACGAAAUGUUCUCUGCGGCCUAUUUCAAACCACUUUGUCACUCAGAAGAUGAACUAACUCCAGAAGCUAUGGGAAAAGAAGAGCAUCAAUCUAUACACUUAAUUAAAAGUUUGAACACUAUGUUAAUUGGGCUAAAAUAUGUUAUUUCGAUGCACCAGUGUGGUCUUUAACUAUCAUUAUGUCUGCUGAAAAUGACACUAACCUUGAGCGUAAGAAAGCAGACAGCCAACUGUUAACCCUGCUGUCAUAAAGUGGAUGCCAGUAUUUAAGUGGAGCGAUAUACCAGUAUGGAUAACCCAAGUAUUUAUCAGUAGUUGUGAUUUACUGUGUGUUGAGUGCAACUCACUUUAAUGGUGAAGAACCAUGUUGUAUUUUAAAACUUGACACUACAACUAUGGCACAUGGUGAAGGGCUGACUGCCUGUUAGUGUGGGUUUGGUAGUGAGUUUAGCAGCCGAGUGUUGCACUGUGUGCUUUCGACACUUUUUAUCAACAUGUAUGCGCUGAAGAGAGGGAAGGCAAGACUGUAAAGACACCUCAACCUCCUUCUCAUUUUUGUCUGUUUUGAGCAAUGACCACACACUCUUAUUUAUUGCCUUUCAUUGCCUUGAAUAAUGAAAGAUGGUGUUGCCGGCCCUUGGUGGUUUCGGAGCUCGCUCUGUGACCUUCUUGGGUGGCCGUGGUUGUGUGAUUUCUCUUCCUGCAGGCUUGUUAAAAUGAGUGGAAUCAAAAUUAUCUUUCAACAUCAGUGUGGAGUCAGUGCAUAUUCGAAUCGUUAAUUUUACUCCCUUUUUUGUGUUUUUAAUUUCCUGUAUGAUAAAGAAAACAUUACCAGAACUCUAUUAUUUAGGACCACUUGAUUUUUUUUUCCUCACUCCAAUUAAACCUGAAGGUCAAUUGUGUAGUGGUGUAUAAAAUGCUGUUUUUUUCUGUAUGUAAACCAAAUGUAAAUUAUGUAUUAUACUGAGUGUGCCAACCCCACUCUCUGUAGAGCCAGGCUCUCUCUAAGUGCCAACGCUGUGGUCAUCAUCAGAGGACCACCACCACCACCUGAGAUGGUCUCCCCUUUUUAAAUAAAACACACCAGAGACUAAAAGGAUAGUUGAUUAAGUACACACAAAGACUUUAUUCUGUAUUUAAGAUUGAAGAUUUAAAAAAUAAUCUGCUGUUUUUUUUUAAGAAACUGUAAUUAUAAUUGCAUGUGCUGUUUAUUUUGUGUUGGAAGUGAGGGCUUUGAUGUUUCAUUGAAGCAGGGAGCCCUGAAUGAAGGGGGUUCAAUCAGUUGGUUAUCGAUUAUUGAUUUACAUAACUCUUGCCAUAUUUUUUUAUGUGUUUCAUGUAUUUGUUUCAACCACUGUUGCCUGAUCCUCAUUCAAACAUGAACAUGACUUAUGAUCAUUGCCGCCUUCUAAGAGAGAAACAUAAUGACAAGGUAUCUGUUUUAAAUUGAAAUAAAUUUGUUCCUAUACUUGCU